CAUUGACGAUGAACUAUCCUGCUGCUGUUGUUGCAUUCUCAUCAACCCUCCAACAAUGUGUAUUACCAUAAAUUGAGAGAAAAAUUUAAUGAACAACGUAAAGGCUAUACUAAAUGGUUACAAGCUCAAGUAAAUUUCAUUCAAUUACAGAGAUUGCGUAGAAGAUCCGAAUCAAUUGCAGCAUCACACACUUAUCAGCAUCUUCCUAUUGAAUUUUUAUUUGAUGAUUAUUUGGUAAUUAUGGCAAUGAAGAAUUUUCCAUUGAAUUAUUCACACAUUGUAAAACAAUUACCAUUUGUUUUGAAUAGGAAAUCAUUAUUUAGACUUGCGUUUAAGAAUUGUUAUUCAGAUCUGUUGUUUCAAGCCUCAGAAACAGCUAGGAAAGAUCCAGAAAUUGCACAAAUGAUUGUACACUUUAAAGGAACAGAAUUGGAAUUUCUCUCUGACGAAUGUAAAGCCAAUAGGAAUGUGGUGUUAUCUGCUGUUGGAAGUAAUGGGUCAAUGAUUGAAUUUGCGAGUGAAGAGUUGAGAAAUGAUGAGGAAAUUAUUUUGGCUGCUGUUAAAAAUGGUUACGUCAACUUUCCCGAAUCAAUAUUCGAAAGAUAUCCUCAAGUAGCUGUGGAAUGUAUGGUUUUAUAUUGGAAUUCUAGAGCGAGUGAAUUGCCUGAAUUUAUUUGGACAUGUAGAGAACUUGUGUUGUCAGCUAUCCAAAGAAAUGUCAAUAUUUAUUCUGUUAAAUUAUUGGCACCACAUUUGAAAUUAGAUAGAGAGAUUGUAUUGAUUGUUGCAUUAGAAAAUAUUACACUUCUAGAUGAGGAUUUGAAAAAUUUGGAUAGUUUCAAAGAUCGAGAAUUUUGCUUACAAUUUGUCAAGAAUAAUUACUUGGGAUUUAAAUUUAUUCCAGAAAUAAUGAGACAAGAUAAGGAAAUAAUGAUGGCAUGCUUGAGAAAUGAUCCAUCAAUGAUUGAAUUUACAGAAUUGGUCAAAGACAAGGAGUUUUUAUUGAUGGCUCUCAAUGAAGGAUGUAAAAUUUUACCAUAUCUACCAAAUGAUUUACUGAAUGAGGAGGAAUUUUUACCAUUCAAAGAAUCAAGAUUCAAUUUAGAUGAUAAUUUUCCAAUGUUUAUGGAGGAGUAUGAUGAAAUUGAUAAUAGUCGAACCAAAAUUUCUCUGGAUGAAAGUUUAUUCAUCCAAAAUGAUAGAAGUGUAAUUCUUAGUGCUGUUCGAUUGAAUCCGUCUUUGUUGGUAUUUGCUACAGAGAAGUUGUUGAAUGAUUCAGAGUUUGCUUUGCAAUGUGUCAAUGGUAAUGCACUAUGCAUUGAGUAUUUACCCAACUUUAGAACUGAUAAGGAAUUUAUUUUGCAAGCCAUUGAAUUGAAACCAGAUAAUAUAUGUAUUGGUGAUUUGUUUUCUAAUGAUAUAGAUUUUAAGGAAAGGCUCACAAAUUUAAUUUUGGAAAGAAGGGUUGCCUUUAGUAUUGUUCCUCCAUAUUUGAAAGAGAAUGAGGAUGUUUUGCUGACAUGUAUGCAAAUCAAACAAUACGAUUUUUGGUACAACCAAAUUCCAACUCAUCUAUUAGACAGUAAGGAUUUUGUUUUGAGAGCAAUCAAAGCCUCUCCUUAUACUUACUGGACUCUCUUUAGUAAUGAUACAAACUCAGAAUAUGAAAUGCUACAAUUGAAAUACCAUGGAAUGUACAUAUUUUCAAAUAUCAAAACACGACGAUUUUAAUAUUUUACUUAGAGAGAGAAUGAAUUUUGCCUAUGAUGGGUUAGUAGAUACAAGCUGGUGCAAAAUGGCUGAAUUGACUUAGUAAAUUUUUC